UAGGUAUCCUUAGUUGUAUAAUCACACUCUGUACUUCCUGGGGGUUGGGAUGGCAUGCUCUUCCCUUCUCCUUUGUUGUUUACUUGCAACAAUAAACAAUCAAUCAUCAAUCCUGUGUUUACGCCAGCUGUGUUGUUGCUGAUGAUGACGAUGGUGGUGUCCGUGGCAGGCCUCGCGGCACGCAUCCUCCGCACACGAUAUCCUGCCGUCCCUAAGCUGCUACAACGACGCCUUGCCAGGGACCUUCACACCAUGCAGCUGGGGGAGAGUCAGAUGAGCACUGUGCUGCGGCCAGGCGUGAAGCAGCUGGCGGACAUGUUCACCAGCCACGGCCACGAGCUGAGGGUGGCGGGCGGGGCCGUGCGGGACCUGCUGCUGGGCAAGGUGCCGCAGGACUUGGACUUUGCCACAACCGCUACGCCUGAUGAGAUGAAGGCCAUGUUCACGGAGGAGGACGUGCGGAUGAUCAACGCUGGCGGGGAGAAGCAUGGCACAGUGACAGUGAGACUGGAGGAGGAAAACUACGAGUGCACCACGCUGAGAAUUGACCUGGUAACUGAUGGACGGCAUGCAGAGGUCAGCUUUACCAAGGACUGGGAGCUGGAUGCCGGGCGCCGCGACCUGACCAUCAACGCCAUGUUUCUGGGACUGGACGGGACAGUUUAUGACUACUUUGAGGGGAGCAAACACCUGGAGGAGCGACGGGUGACCUUUGUGGGUGAGGCAGACACACGUAUCAAGGAGGACUACCUAAGGAUACUCCGCUACUUCAGGUUCUACGGCAGGAUAGCCAGGGAGCCAGACAGCCACUGCCCGCACAUCUUAGAGAGUAUCCGAGCCAACACUGAUGGCUUGGACAGGAUAUCAGGGGAGAGGAUCUGGACGGAGUUGCAAAAGAUCAUCCCUGGGAAUUUCGGUGGGGAGCUGCUGAUCAAGAUGGUGGAGCUGGGGGUCGGGAAGCAUGUGGGCCUCCCAGAGACCUUCAACUGUGAGAACGUGAGGGCGUUGUACAGGCGGUGCGAGGAGGUUGGCCUGGCACCUACGGACCUGCACCACAUGACCCUUCUAGCCGCGGGAUUCUCCAGCGAGCAGGAGUGCGCCAAGCUCAUCGCCCGCGUCAAGUGUUCCAAAAGGGAGCAAGAAAUUCUCCUGCAUAUCGUGUGGCACAGAGAUGCAGCGACACUCUACACAUCAAAGGACAUUCAGGAUCAUUUAGUAGACAUGGUGAUAGGGAAUAAGAGGAACAAGGACAUCUCCCUCCUCUACACAUGUGAACUGCUCAAGUACUGUGGCCACACCAAGCUCCUGAAGGAAAUACAGGAGUGGGAGAUGCCUAAGUUCCCAGUGAAUGGACUUCUUGUGGGUGAGAAAGGAGUGCCCAGAAAAAAAAUCAAGUUUGCCAUGCAUGAUUUACUGGCAGAGUGGAAGAAGUCCAACUAUACUCUAGGCACUGAUGAGCUGUUAGACACCCUUGAUGUCAGCAGGUAUAAUGACUGAGUGAAGCAUUAGGAUAUCUGAAAAAAAUGUGAGUGGAUAUGUACUGAAGGAGUGGGAAAAGUCAGACUAUUCUCAAGGUACUGAUGAACUACUGGGCACUCAAUGUUUGCAGGUACAAUGACUGAGUUAGUGAACGAUUAGGACAGCUCAGAAAAAAAAAUGGUUAUACAGGUAACUCGAUUUACGUAAGUAUUGUGUCCUUGAAGAGGUCAUGUAAAUCAAACAAGAGGUAGGUUUGUACCUUUAUUGCCUACUGUAGCACUCUGACUCCUCUCCCUCUCGUGGUUUCUCCUCUGGCUGCCCUUCCCCUCGUGGUAGCACAGCAGCGAGGGUGUUGUUGUUGUUGAGUAGCGUGGCAGCGUGGGUACUGUAUUGUUGUUCAAGUGGUGCGCGGUAAGAACUGAGCUCAGCUGUGUGGCCUUGGCGCCGUGUGAGUCCAAUUGCGUGAGAUCUGGUGGCCACUCCAUAAAAUAUCGCGUAUAAGUGAAAAAAACGUGUAAAUUAAACAUUUAUUUGGAUUUUGGACCCUGUGUUAUUUCAAAAACGCAUAAACCAAACUCGCGUAAAUCGAGUUACCUGUAUACUAAAGGAGUGGAAGAAGUCAACUAUUCAGUAGGGACUGAUGGACUCUUGGACACUUUUAUGUUACCAGGUAUUCAUUCAUUCAUUCAUUUUUACAUCACUUGUUCCUAUUUCAAGGCAUUUGUGGCUCGGGGUUUAAGACCAGAUUCCUGACAUCCCACUUCAGCACUGGGGUUAAAGCCUUCUCGCCCCAGCUCUUUACUUCCAUGGCUUGGCACUCUAACCCACCAGACUAAUAUAAUAUCUGAGUAAAGCAUACAUACUGUCUUGCAGUAAAAAGCAGGUAUCACAUUUAAUUGUUUUAUUUUUAUGACAAACAGCAUCUCCUGUUUGUGCCUGUAUACAUACUCCAGGAAUUAGAUGCCUUUAUACACUUGUGACACCA